GCCGAGCCAUCCGUAACCCAUCCUCGCCCGCUGCCGACUCCCCCUCGGGCCCAAUCUCUGCGCUCCACUCUGCCGCGCCCCCAACUUCGUCGUCUUGUCUCUCUGAACUUCUUCGCCCGAAGCCCUCGUUGCUGUCCCUUUGGAUCACUUCGGCCUCCGAUCUCUCCUUCCCUCUUCCAGGUUCCAAUAUGUUUAAAAAGUUCUCCUUUGAAGAUAUAUCUGCACAAAACCAAGUGAAGGCAUCUGUACAGCGGAAGAUUCGACAAAGUAUUGCUGAUGAGUACCCUGGCCUUGAACCUUUGUUAGAUGACCUGCUUCCAAAGAAAUCACCUCUAAUUGUUGCAAAAUGCCAAAAUCAUCUGAAUCUUGUCGUAGUGAACAAUGUACCACUGUUUUUCAAUGUUCGAGAUGGUCCUUACAUGCCAACUUUGAGGCUUCUUCAUCAAUAUCCAGAUAUAAUGAAAAAGUUUCAAGUGGAUCGAGGUGCGAUAAAAUUUGUUCUUUCUGGUGCUAACAUCAUGUGCCCUGGUCUGACAUCCCCUGGUGGCGCUUUGGAUGAUGAAGUAUUGGAGGAAACCCCUGUGGCCAUAAUGUCUGAAGGAAAACAACAUGCUUUGGCAAUUGGAUAUACAAAAAUGUCAGCAAAAGAUAUUAGGACUAUCAACAAGGGAAUUGGAGUUGAUAAUAUGCACUAUCUAAAUGAUGGCCUCUGGAAGAUGGAACGCCUAGAAUGAGGGCUCGCUGAGGACAAGUUAGAAUGCUGCUAGAAGUGUUUUUCUCAGCGACUUUUAUGAUAUAUCAGGUGCUGAUGGAAGGGUAUCGGUUGUAUCUUUCACGCGAAAGAAUAAUUGUAUCUUCUUUCACGAUGUCAAAUGUUGGAUGGCACCUCGUGCAGAUUUCAAAGCACUUCAAACUCCACUUGUGCAUCAGCCUGCAGAGAUCUCAAAGCGUUUAUUGCGCGAUUCAAUGGUGGAUUCUUGUGAAGGAAGGUGAAUCCUUUUUUCGCACGAAAGAUACAAUCCGAACCCCUAACCCCUGAUAGAAAGCUUAAUUACCGCUGUCAUUGCGUCUGCUUCGUGAGAAAGUUAAAAUAUGUGCUGAAGUGUUUCUUGGCUUCACUGGAAUGCUUUGGAAAUUGUUAUAAAUCUUUAGGAAGUAUGGUUGGAUCAGAACACGUAGAUCUUGUGCGGAAACCAAUUGAGAGAAAUAACAAAAUUUCAGAGUUAAUUUUUGUAGGGAAUCCCGGUGUGUUUAAAUGCCUAACUUUUGCUGGGACUUUAAUAUGCCUAGCUUUAGUCUAUGCGUCCAGCUGAGGGGAGAGUCAAAAGGGACUGAAGAAGCUCCUGAUCACGGUCUGGACAGAGCGAAUUGAGACUCCCUGGUCCAACUCUUCAUGACUACUGCGCUUACCUGCUGUGGCUUUAUAGCGGGCCAGCUUAUCAUCUGGUCUCCUGAUGUCGGAUACUAAACGUAUUUGCAACGUGCAACAAAAUUUGGACAAAGCCAUAAAAUAACGCAUCUCCGAGCGUAAUUUUUUGUUGGAUAUCUUAUAGUGCUGUGUAUGAGAGCAUGGAAUGGAAAAGGUUUGUAAUAGUAAUGCUAGGUGGAAAAAAAAAUUAAAAAGGCCACUGUGUAC